AUGAGAUCUAAUAAGUUAACAGCUAUUGAUGAAACUGAAUGUUUAUCGCUAUCUCAAUCACCUGAAAAUUCGUUUUUACAACCAAGUCCAACUAAACUAACUAUUACAAAAACAUACUCGAAUAAAGUAAAAUGUAUGUCAAUUGUUAAUGGUUAUAAUUUACAAUUUUUUAAUUUUAAUCGAAAGAAAACUAUAAAAUUUUGGCGAUGUACAAACCGAAGUUGUAAUGUAAUUUUGCAUACAAAUUCUGAUGAUACAUUUUUAAGAUUUUCUGGAACAAUUACUGUUCAUAACGUCAUUUUUCAGCUUAAUAGCUGA